CUCAAGCACCACGAUACCAUCACAGUUCCUCCCCCGCGCUCAUUCCAACACCACGCUCCUUAAAAAAGAACCGCCAAGAUGACUCGCGCUCAGCAGACCAUUUCUCUCGCCCUCUUGGUUUCUUCUCUCUACCUUGCGCUCUUCCUCGAGCUCAUCCCCCUUCCUCCUCUGAUCCAGGAGCAGAUCGUCCCUGUGCUCCCCUUCUGGGCCCUCGUCUCCUUCGGCGCAUACCUCCUCUUCCGUCUCGGCUUCGGCAUCCUUACUUUCAACGACGUCCCCAACGCACACAAGGAGCUCACGGCGGAGAUUGAGCAGGCCAAGGUUGAGCUCCGACAGCUCGGCGUCACUGUCGACUAAAUUGGCGAAAAGCACACCCACGUACGAUGAUCUAAACGGCUAUAGAAGGGCUACGGGGAAUGGUGGAUGAGGUUACAAAAUUUUAAUUACAAUAAUCUGGUAUCUUGUUCUUGCGACCUGCGCAGAGGAAUUCUACACAUCAUACGCCUAUCCUUGUGAGGUUUGCCAUCUAUAUGAACUCUAUCAUGAUUGCUCGCCGGCGAUGAGUGCUACAAUUGUUCGUACAGCUGUUUCGGGCUCUUCAUGGCCGUGUACAAGUUCUUCAAAAAGUUUGGGGAUCUUUGCAAGUGAUCCUCGUUCGUCUGUUUGGUGCCCUGUGAUCGUCAGUAAUUGGUUACAUCAAAGUAGUCGAGU